GAGGAUGAUCCACCCGGUAAUUGCCUACCUACGGAGUUGUAUCAUCCAGCGAGUCAACUUGAAACUGCAUGAGCUUGAACUCUACGUACCAAUUCGCAUGUUCCUACAACUAUCACGAUGGGCGCUCUCCUCUCUUUGCCACUCCUGGCAGUUCCCAGUAUCACCACUCUUAUCACCUUUGCUGCGAGCUGUUGUGGUGCCGCCACAUGUUCGGCAAUAUGCAGUGCUUGUGGGAAAUGCGGCAACAGUGUUGCCACUCGAGUCGCCUAUGCUCUACUUCUCCUAGUCAACUCGACCCUGUCAUGGAUAAUGCUUACACCUUGGGCCAUCAAGAAACUCGAACAUCUGAUGCUCGACUAUGUUAAGAUCGACUGCCCUACGGGCCAAUGCCAUGGAUGGCUCGCUAUGAACCGUAUUAACUUCGCCCUGGGUCUCUUCCAUCUCGUCUUCGCUGGUCUCCUUUUCGGCAUUAAAUCGUCGAAGAAUCCCCGUGCUGCGCUUCAGAAUGGGUACUGGGGUCCCAAAGUCUUGGCUUGGCUCUCCUUGAUUGUGCUUUCUUUCCUGAUUCCAGACGAAUUCUUCCAAGUUUGGGGGAACUAUGUUUCCCUAUUCUGUGCCAUGCUCUUCCUCAUACUCGGCCUGAUUCUGCUCGUGGAUCUCGCCCACGGAUGGGCCGAAUACUGCCUGGAGAAAAUCGACGCAACCGAAUCCAAGGCCUGGAGGACUGUACUCAUUGGAUCCACCCUGGGAAUGUACGUCGCUUCUCUGGCCAUGACCAUCGUCCAGUACAUCUUCUUUGCUGGCGGUGGUUGCUCCAUGAACCAAGUUGCUAUAACCGUCAACCUCCUUCUUUGGUUGGUGACGUCAUUUAUCUCUGUCAACCCGACUGUGCAGGAGUAUAAUCCGAAGGCUGGCCUAGCCCAAGCCGCAAUGGUCGCAAUUUAUUGCACGUAUCUGACCAUGUCGGCCGUGUCCAUGGAGCCGGACGACAAGCAUUGCAACCCUCUGGUUCGGGCCCAGGGGACUCGGACGACCUCCAUCGUUAUUGGGGCCGUUGUCACCAUGCUUACUGUGGCUUAUACCACCACUCGAGCAGCAACACAGAGUUUAGGACUGGGUACCGGACGAGGUAUCCGUCUUCCUGAGUCGGACGAGCACGAUCUUGUUACUCAGCAGCCUCGCGCUCAUCGAGAAAUGCGCGCCGAAGCUCUGCGACGUGCAGUCGAAGAAGGCAGCUUGCCUGCCGACGCUCUCUUAUCAGAUGGUGAGGGUGAAGAUGAAAGUCAGGCCGCUGGGGAUGACGAGAGAAAUCAGACGCAGUAUACCUACAGCGUUUUCCACAUUAUAUUCUUCUUGGCCACGGCUUGGAUAGCAACACUGCUAGGCAUGAGUGUCGACCAGUCACAACAAGAUGGGGACUUCGCACCUGUCGGACGCACCUACUGGGCUAGCUGGGUUAAGAUUAUAAGCGCGUGGGUGUGUUACGCUUUGUACACCUGGACUUUGGUAGCCCCGGUUGUUCUUCCAGACCGAUUCGAUUUCUAGGGUUGUUUGAUGAAUUUUAAAGAACUGCAGCUGUUGGAUUUACUUGUCGUCUGUCAAUGCAAAU